AAGGCCUGACCACGCAGUGAUUGGGUCUGUGCUGCUGGCCUGGGAUUGUGGUUGAGGCCGGGUCUCCGCUCCUGUGCCCGGGAAGAUGGUGCUAGGUGGUUGCCCGAAUCACGCCAUUUUUUAACAUCUCUUUUUGAUCAAACAAGAAAAGGCAUUUGGGAAAUGCAAAGAGGACUGAGAAUACUUUGGCUUAAAUUUUGCCCCCAGAAUCUUGUUGUUUGCCUACUGAAGAGAUGAAACCAUGGCAGAAGUAGAAUCCUUAUAGAAGCAGGACCAGAAACACCUCCCUUCUCCAACAAAAGGUUCAUUUGGGUGGCUGUCCGUUUGACCUGCUGUGCUUCAGUUUAAUUGGCUUGGAAAGGGGUCAGCAGGGUGAAACUGAACCCCAGAAAACUUGAUGAAGAAAUGUCUUUUGCCUGUUUUGAUUACGUGCAUGCACACAGCGAUUUGCAAAGACCGUAUGAUGAUGAUCAUGAUCUUACUGGUGAAUUACAGACCUGAUGAAUUUAUAGAAUGUGAAGACCCAGUGGAUCAUGUUGGAAAUGCAACAGCAUCCCAGGAACUUGGUUAUGGUUGUCUCAAGUUCGGCGGUCAGGCCUACAGCGACGUGGAACACACUUCAGUCCAGUGCCAUGCCUUAGAUGGAAUUGAGUGUGCCAGUCCUAGGACCUUUCUACGAGAAAAUAAACCUUGUAUAAAGUAUACCGGACACUACUUCAUAACCACUUUACUCUACUCCUUCUUCCUGGGAUGUUUUGGUGUGGAUCGAUUCUGUUUGGGACACACUGGCACUGCAGUAGGGAAGCUGUUGACGCUUGGAGGACUUGGGAUUUGGUGGUUUGUUGACCUUAUUUUGCUAAUUACUGGAGGGCUGAUGCCAAGUGAUGGCAGCAACUGGUGCACUGUUUACUAAAAAGAGCUGCCGUCAUGGCCCAGGGAGGCAGGUGAAAGCUCUGUCUUCUGAAUUCAUCUGUACAGGCUCAAAACUCCUCUUUGAUAUCAGACCUGAUGUUAUUUUCCCUCUUUUGGAGGGCAUUUGUUUGGUUAAGAAGGCUUCUUUGGACUUUGGAAUUUCAACCCAGAUUUUACCUUGCAGAUGGAAUGACAAGCAAAAAGUGUUGUGGGGAAUCAAAUUUGUUCCUUUCCUCAUGCACAAAACAUAAAGGAUAGUGGCGAGUUUACAAGCUGUGGAUGGGUUUCCAUAGUCUUCCUUUCUGUACAUUGCUAUAUCUUCAGUCCUUUGGAGCAAGUGGACCUAACAAGUUGAGCAAAAUGAAUAUUUGUAUCCAUGUUCCUCUUGUGACUCUGAGUCUUCAUGCAAGGAGAUCUGAAGCUGAACAAUGAAAAUCUUCAGCAGAAGUAGAAAUGGCCGUGGAUUGUAAUACACACUGAAAUUCUGACUUUCUGAAUUUAAAUGUAGAAUAAAUUUUGCCAACUUGGA